AUGAUGCGUCCUGUACUCACAGCCAGACAAGCAGGGGAGCUGCACAAGUCUUUGAUUGCAUACUUAUCAUCUAUAAACAUCGAAAGCACGAAAAUUCUCCAAGAAGAGCUAUCAGUGGGUGAGAACUUCGACGACGUGACUCGAGCGAAAUACGAAGGCAUCCUAGAGCGAAAAUGGACAUCUGUAAUGCGUCUUCAAAAACGAAUAUUCGAACUGGAAUCCAAGGUCACAGACCUAGAAACAAAACUGCAAUCCGUGGCAACCAUCCACUCACACGAAGACGCCGCCAAUUGGCUCCCAGAAGGCGAAGCCAAGCAAAAAUUGCAAUCUCAUCAAAAGCAAGUCACUUGCGUAGCCUUCCACCCAAACCAUUCCUCUCUGGCCUCGGGUUCUGAGGACUGCACUGUCAAAAUCUGGGACUGGGAGCACGGUCAACUAGAACGAUCCCUUAAGGGACACAGAUUACCCGUUCUGGGUGUUGACUAUGGUGGUCCCCACGAGCAUACGCGCUUAGCGUCCUGCUCAAGUGAUCUAACUAUCAAGAUCUGGGAUCCUAGUAAUAGCUACGUCAAUGUGCGGACGCUGUGUGGACAUGAUCACACUGUUUCCGCAGUGCGCUUCUUACCCAGUGGGAAGCUAGUAUCCGCUGGACGGGACGGGUCGAUUCGAAUCUGGGAUGUUGUGAGCGGGUAUUGUCUUCGGACUAUUGAUUCGCAGGGGGAUUGGAUUCGAGAUAUUUCGGUUUCGUUGGAUGGUGGGUAUGUCGUGUCUGCUGGUAAUGAUCGAAUGGCUCAGAUUUGGGAUAUAUCGUCUGGGGAGGUCACGGCGAGACUUAUUGGGCAUUCGGGUCCGAUUGAGUGUUGUGCUGUUGCGCCGCAAUCGAGUCAUGGUCAUAUGGCCAAGUUGGGAUCGAUGAAGUUAUCUGGACGAGAGAUUUUUGUGGCGACUGGGUCGAGAGACAAUCAUAUCAAGUUAUGGAAUGAGAGGGGCGGGUUGAUCAAGACGCUUGAAGGUCAUGAUACUUGGGUUCGGGGGUUGGCUUUUCAUCCUCAAGGCAAAUUUCUGAUAAGCGUUGGUGAUGAUCGGACAAUACGGUGUUGGGAUUUGUCGAACGAGGCUCGCUUGGUGAGGACAAUCGUCGGGUCGUCCAGGUUUUUAACUUCUAUACGUUGGGGACCGAGUAUACGGUCCACUCAGGGAACUUCACAUGUGGUCGCUGUCGGGAGUAUAGACGCUAGCAUCCGAGUUUGGAUGUAG